CCGAGGGGAGGGGCCGUUCCACGCCUCCUUUCUGGGUAGAGGAGGCGCUAGUUGGUCUCUCCUGAUCCCCCCUCGGGCAGUCGUGUCUGUCGUUGUUGGCUCGAGCGCUGAGAGGGAAGCGAAGGGUCCGCGUCGGCGGGCGCACCAAGCAAACGCAGCCGGUCAUUUCGCCCGACCGCUCGCUCGCUCCGUGAAGGAGAGCCGGACUAUGAAGGAAAGGUCUCCAGCCAGACGUCCUGUUUGAUGACUAUUAUUCCUGUUCUUUUUGUGAAUGCCAUUUUUGCUCCGCAUGGGAUUAUAGCGACGACGACAACCGCGGCGGUGGCCCCAUGUUUUCUCCUAGCCAGGAGGAGCACUGCGCGCCCAACAAGGAGCCCGUCAAAUACGGGGAGCUCGUGGUUCUGGGGUACAAUGGCUGCCUCCCUAAUGGCGACCGGGGUCGUAGGAAAAGCAGAUUUGCCCUUUAUAAAAGACCUAAAGCAAAUGGCGUCAAACCUAGCACUGUUCAUGUGAUUUCAACACCUCAAGCAUCUAAGGCCAUCAGUUGUAAGGGCCAACACAGUAUCUCCUAUACGCUGUCACGAAAUCAGACGGUUGUAGUAGAAUAUACACAUGAUAAAGAUACUGAUAUGUUUCAGGUUGGCAGAUCAACAGAGAGCCCCAUAGAUUUUGUUGUAACAGAUACGAUUUCCAGCAGCCAAAACAGUGAUGAAACUCAGAUCACCCAAAGUACUAUUUCCAGGUUUGCAUGCCGCAUUGUCUGUGAUAGGAAUGCACCAUAUACAGCCAGAAUCUUUGCUGCAGGAUUUGACUCUUCCAAAAACAUAUUCCUUGGGGAAAAAGCAGCAAAAUGGAAGAAUCCUGAUGGGCACAUGGAUGGAUUAACAACUAAUGGUGUUCUAGUCAUGCAUCCUAAAGGGGGGUUCACUGAAGAAUCUAAGCCUGGUGUUUGGCGAGAAAUUUCAGUCUGCGGUGAUGUAUAUACUCUACGGGAGACAAGAUCUGCUCAACAAAGAGGCAAGCUAGUGGAAAAUGAAACCAACAUCCUACAAGAUGGUUCUCUCAUUGAUCUGUGUGGGGCCACGCUCUUGUGGAGAACAGCAGAUGGCUUAUUUCACACACCAACUCAGAAACACAUUGAGGCUCUACGGCAAGAAAUCAAUGCUGCAAGGCCCCAGUGUCCUGUGGGGCUGAAUACACUGGCUUUUCCUAGCAUUAACCGUAAAGAAGUGGUAGAAGAAAAACAACCGUGGGCUUACCUCAGUUGUGGCCAUGUUCACGGUUAUCAUAACUGGGGACACCGCAGUGAUACAGAAGCCAAUGAGCGUGAGUGUCCCAUGUGCAGAACUGUUGGUCCAUAUGUUCCUCUUUGGCUUGGGUGUGAGGCAGGCUUUUAUGUUGAUGCUGGUCCACCAACUUAUGCUUUCACUCCUUGUGGGCAUGUAUGCUCAGAAAAAUCUGCCAAAUACUGGUCUCAGAUCCCAUUGCCACACGGUACUCAUGCAUUCCAUGCUGCCUGCCCUUUCUGUGCUACCCAGCUGUCUGGAGAUCAGAACUGCAUCAAACUUAUUUUUCAGGGUCCAGUUGACUGAUGCCAUUUUACAGAUGACCAUUAUACAGCUCACUUUGUUAACAAUUUACUGUGAAGAUAAAGAAUUGCCACUAACUCUAGAUUUUACCUUUUUUAAAAAUAAGAUUGUUAUUAAUGAGGGCUUUGGGGUGGGAUUAGGAGCUGGGAUGUGAAGGUAUUUUGAUACCUGGAACCAAACAGUUAUCAGUGGCAUUGCAUGCUGAACAGCAGCAUGUUCAUGGUGACAUCUUUUUUGGUUAAGCUGUAGUAUAUUUGUAAGAUUUGUAAGAUUAGAAGAAAAAUACCAGUGUCUUAAUGAUUUUUUUAAUAUUGGAUUUUUUAACAGAAAUGUUUUCUUCUACACUUUGAAUGACAAGCCUUUAAAACGCAUAUUUUUUCAAUCUAAAAAAAGCAUACAGAAUGUAAUUUGUCUGUCCUCUCUUUUUAAUUUGCGAUAUAGUUAACUUGAAUGAUUCAUUCUCAAAGAGGAUGUAUCAAAUGUUUUGGGUAAACCUGAGUGAAUGUUCACUUAAUACAUGCAUUGAACAUAGAGUGAACACAAAAGGUUGGUUUUACGAACAUAGCACAAAAAUAUUCUGCAGUGUGGUCUAAUGCAGCUGUCCAAGAGACACAGUUACUUGAAAGUUGGGGAUCUCUAUCUAUGGGUGACUUUCUGUAUUCUUUUUCCUUUCCUUUUCUUUUUUUAAUAUAGAAGUUCCCAUGUUAAACAAUGCUUGUAAAACAUAAUAUGGGAAGUUUGAGAUACAGGUUAUUUGCUCCAACAUAGGUUUAAGACAGUGUAUGCAAAACAAUCAUUUCUUUGUUUGCUUCUGACUCUUCUGAGCCAACUCAACUGUAGUAUCAUUCUGCCCUGUAUUUUGCUCAAUUAACACAGCAUAGGAUUGUCCUGUAAGGACUAGCAUUAGGUCAAUUUAUCAAGAGUAGCACAAGAACCAUUUUUCUUUUCCCUAGUAUCCAUGGCUCUGCCAUGAGUCUUUCAUACAUGUUUUUCCUAGUUAGGUUGGCCCUGCUUAGGUGUCAUUCUUUUAAGGUGUUCUUGCAGCACCAUGGGCUGAAGCAAUGAAAAAAUGGCUCUUUCACCAGUGUAGUGAUGCUAAAUGUAUCUCAUUUAAAUUCAGUGGUGGUAAGUCACAAUGUAUGACAAGUCUUUUUCAGUCUUGCAUUUGGUGUCAUUUGUAUUUUUCAUGCAUAUCCAGCUUACUUGUACCAUUUUAACAGUUUUCAUCUCUUUCUAAUUCUGCCUUUUGGCUUUACUUGUAUUAACUUGCCCUUGCAUGCCUGGGACCCGUGAGCAAAUGGAAAUGUAGCAACUUGUUAUUAAUCCAGUUUUUCAGUAGUUGCACUUCCUACAGUAGUGGAAAGGUUUUGGAUUGUUUUUUUUGUAGAACAUAAACAAACUGCCCUUGAUCUCAUAGUUUGAUGCCCUCUUCAGUCUUAACCAUCUGCAGAAGAAUUCCUAAUGAUUCACAUGUUUAAGUUCUUGGUAAUUAUUUUGAAAUAAUAAUUAAAAAUAAGUGGUUUUGUAGCACCUGCUUCUUUUACGUUUCCCUUAAUGUGCAAAUCUUGUCGAACGUACUGUUGACUUACUGAUUCUUGGUUUACUAUUUUUCCUUUCUUUCUAGUAUUAGUUUAAUUUAGAAGUGGCAACUGAAAAAAAAACCCUUUUAAAUAUCCAGGAUCAAUUCAUGUCCUAAGUAACUUGAAAUUCUUUAUUCAGUAUGGGAGUGGGUAGGAAAGGGGACAAAUAACUGCUUGUUUUGAAAAUUAUUCUCACAUUAUUGUAUCUUCUGUGAUAGCAAUUCUAUUUUUCUUUUGUUUUUGUUUUGUACUCAUGCUAUCAAAUUUGUUCAAUUUUCCAUAUUGGCAUAGAAAAAUAGUCGUUAACAGAGAGAAAUUAAUUGCAUAUCUUGAAGUAAACCUUGCAGUUUGGAUCUCCUGUUAAAUUCAGAGCAAUCCCUUGGUUUACUUUGUCCUUUGUUUAAAUACAUAAUUUAUGUGAUUUUAAUAUAUUGUAUAUAUACUUGAAUUGGCCUGUUCAGACAUAAGAUGUAAUAUUUUAUAGUAAGUUAACCUUUUAAACACUUCAUAUGUCCACGCCCAUUGACUGAUGGGGCAUGUUUGUUUUUAUCUGCCAAUGUUUAAUACAGUUUUGCUGUAUAAAAAAGUUCAGUAUUUUUAAAUUGAAAUAUUAGUUUCUUUUGUCUGAAAAGGUUUCACUCAUUGCAGUAUUUUGCAUCAAAUCCCGUACUCUGUAACUUGCCUACCCCAUGUGAUAGAUUGGGGGAGCCAGUUAUUUUCAAAAUAUUUCAUCAUAGUGCCUUCUAAAUGAGACAGCGCCCUGCUUUGAUUCCAUGAUAAAACACGUAACUCAGAUUUUGAUUAGCUGUUUUCUUUUAGUGCAGAUUCUUUUAGUCCCUUUCUAAUGGCUUCCUGUUAAUUGGUGAAAUGCUAUAAAAUCAAAGUUAAAAAACUGUUCUUGUUAACUUAAAAAGUCAAAACAAACGAACAUGGUGACCAUGUUUGACACUUUCAUGUACAAAGAUAUAUAUAUAGAGAGAGAUCCUGCUAUGCUAAUUGCUCCAGCUGUGAAAGUUGCUCCAGAUAUUUUUUCCUUUCUAGUGGGUCUUAUGAACCUGUUCAUUGUACAAUUCUGAAUCCUUUUGUGAUCUGAGCAGCAUGUAUAGAAGCAUUCCUAUAUUUCCUCAUACUGGAAGGGAUCCUGAAUCCCAUUUUUCCCUAGACUAAUUUGAUUUGGCUCCUCUUUUUGUUUCAGAGGGCUUCUAUUGGCUAUAUGAAAAGCUCCCUAUAUAAUUUGCAUAGAAAUUUAUUAAAAGAGCAUUCUCAGUCUCUUGUAAGUAAUGGAAUUUUAAAAAUGUUUUUGGAUAUUGUUCUCCUGAGCCUGUCAGCAAUAAUGUUUUCUUCAAGUAAGAUUUCUGCAGCAGUCUCUUUGUCAAUACUGUAUGAAUAGAAUUUAAAGCCCCUGUUGUACGAACUUAAUUCAAAGUGUGCUUUGUGUCUUAUUUUGAAUUUUUGUUUAUUGGCUCACAUAUUAUACAGCUCUGUCAUUCCUCAUACAGGAAAAUAAUUCUUGUUUUUUCUUUUGCUUGUAUUAAGGCUGCAAUCUACAUGUCCAUGUUCUGCCCCUGAAAUGUAGUUCUUGUUUAGUAAUUCUUUAAUUCUGACCAAUGCUAAACCAUCCAGUGAUGGUCCCUCAGUGCCUCAGGCUUGCCAGAUAUGAAUAGAAGACAUUUCGUUUGGAUUCCGUGUUGAAGGGGAAAAAGGGAGUAUUGAAAACUGUGUGCACUUGUAACAGCAAGCCAAUUCUAGUGCAAAGCAAGCCACUAAGUGGCUUUUUUUGCAUGUUUUAAAUGACUAUCUCAUUUCAUAGAACUUUUCCCCAAAGAGCUAUAAACUUGUUAGUGUACUCUUUCAAUCAGUCAUUUUCAGUCUAUAUUUGACUUAAAUGGACAUAUUUGUAUAACAUGCUUCACCUAAUUCUAUGGGUUUAUAGGGCUCACCUGAAAGGGGUAACACAGACUAAAUUGCACAAAACUCCGAGCUAAAAUGUGGUUGGGUACUUUGUAGUUUCAUGUGUCAUGCUAACUCAACCAAUAUUACCCCUCAAAAUUUUCUGUGCACCUUUUUGAAUGUUUGCAAUGGUGCUUGUUAUCAUCAACCUUCUUUUCUUGUAAUUUCUUAAUGUCAGAUUGAGAAAUCUUGACUCUUUCCUUGGUCAUGGAGCAGUUUAGAAAUACUUUGGUGCUUUUUUAAAAGAGAAGCAUGACUCUGAAUUUUGUUUCAAAAUGUUUUUGGGGAUGUUGAUACACUAUUGUUUUAAUGCUUGGAUGAUGUCAAUACCCCCCACCCCCAUUGCACGUAGAUUCAAAGUAUACUCAGGAACUGGCAAAAAUUGCUUGAGAUACUAUGUAUCUUAAAUUUAUCCAGUGGGUUUGCUCUAAAUUAACUCUUACUAAGUUUACUCUUACUAAUUUAUAUAUUUUGAAACAAAUUGGAGCUUUUUUCGUAAAACAAGUUAUUGAAUCUGGUGUUUCUAGGUAUGUUGGGGCUCUCACUCCUAGGAUUCUUAGUCCUUGAAAUUCCAAAGAUUUUGAAAUUAUAGUUCUAGUACAUCUGGAGGAUGCCAGGUUGAGAAAAACUGCCCUAUAAAAUGAAUAUGAAAUUUUUGAAGCAUGUGCCAGCUUUUUCUUCCCUGCUGCUUCCAAUAGCCAAGGUAAUAUCUUGAAAAAUAUUCAUUCAAAAGUCAGUGCAAGGCACACUAAUCUGUGUUGGGAGAUCCAGUAAUAUCUGUGUUAACUAAUUGGAGAAUCUUGUAAGUCUCUCUGGACAAUUCCUCCUAGUCAGUUCAGCUGAGGAAGUGUUUCUUUGUUUUUGCGUUUUUCUGCUCUAGAAGUCAAUAUUUAUUUCAUUGGUGAUGUACUUUGUUCUUCACAGUAUAAAUAGCAAACUUUCUGAAGUCUUAGUUGUCCUUCCAAUUUGAAUUUCAGGGAAAUGUAUGCUAGCUUUUUCUGAAAAUUCAUGAGAUAGUGUGAUUUUUAAGAAUCUGUCAAGCAAAUUACGAAUACAAAAAUACGUUUGAACAGGUUGACCCAUGCAAAUAAGUCAAGAUAUGUGUUUGCCAUCCCUUUUGUUAAGCAGAUAAGGACAUUUUAUUUAUAUGCAUAUAUAUUGAUCACUACCAUCAUUAAAUAGUGCCAGUUUAGAAAUUGUAACACCACAGAUUUUUUUAUGCCAUUGAAAGGUUGCAUUAUUCCGUAUCAGCAAUAGUUGCUGUUUGUCAACUGAUGGAUUUGCAUAUGCUAUGUGCACUAAAAGCAAUGUGAUUAUCUAUUUUUACUAAACUAAUUAAUUAUUGUCUAAGCAAUUAUUGUCUAAGCAAUAAUUACUAAACUAAUUAAUUAUUGUCUAAGCAAUAAUUAAAUAGAUAUUCUAGCUUCAUAUCCAUUUUCCUGUUUAUGCUUAUAUGUUCUUCUUAUAGUUUCCAGGCAAUGGCACAUGAACAGUUAAUAAAUUCUGUAAAGAGAUGAUGAAUGUUAAGUCAUUCAGUUCCCUGUGAUGGAGUUAGGAAGGCUGAAUGUUCCAUGGAGAUUACUUCAAGCAAAUUCAGAUUAUUCUCUCCAGUACAUAUGCUUUUACAAAUCUGAUUAGAGAAAUCAAUACUUAGUUGUUCAUCUAGUCCAGCGUUCAUUCCCAAAAUUGUCAAAAAUUACUCACAUUAAUCCCAUGAUAAAUAUCUCUGAAACAUUGAAAGAGGGCAGUAACUUCCUUUCUUUUAAAAAAUCUCAAAUAGUCCUAAAUUGUUCUUAAGAUGAUACUUGUAAGUAGUUAGAAAGCUAUUAUUCUUUCACAAAACAACCUAGGUUGUUCAGAUACCUUAUACAAAAAAAUAUCUUGGCUUCACUGAGAGGCACCUUCUAGCUUUGGUGCGUACAUUUUGUGAGCACAGAAGCAGGAGCAGUGCUUGAUAUGUAGGUUAUGUGGGACAUCUGGGAUUUAAACUUAGUUAAGUGUUGUUAUUACUAGCAUUAUAUCAUUAUUUUAACAACAGUUGGUAUAUGACUGGAAAGUGAUCAAGAUGAAUUCCUGCUCGGAGCCAAGGUAAGAAUAUGACUGAUGGAAGAUUGUACCAACAGCUGGAAUAAUUACCAAGAAGUUGUUCUAGAAGAUUUUCCAGUGUCUUUUUUGAACUCCCAGUGUUAAGAAUAUUUUGAGUAAGAGUGCCAUGGAUUGAAUCUGCGCCUGAUUUGCUAAUGAGUUAAAAAUACCUUGAUAACCUGAAGUUGGCCAUGUAACUGAGAUGAUCAGUUCUGCAUCAAAAUCAGGUCUGCAUCAAACUUGAGAUGUGUGUGAAAUGGAAAAUAUGCUUUGUUUCAAACUUGAAACAAAUUACCGUGUUCUGAAAGUUCUGCCAAGCUAUUUUAGAUUGUCUGAAGUACAGCAGAAAUAACCCUGAAAGUAUUUUAUUGUUUUGGAUUUUGGAUGAAACAAAAAUCUAGAAGGAUCCCAUAAAGAUCCAGGAGUGAUUUUAUGGAAUGAGUAGGGUAAGGCUGGUGUCUGUCACCUUCUCCCCACUUCUAAUGGCUCUGGUGGUCACACCCCAACAGCCUGCCUGCCUCCAGUCUCCCUCCUGCUCUUCCCCAAACUACUGCUUGAAACAGCAUUGUUUUUUUCUAUAUAUAGUCCAAAGAUUACAAAACACAAAUGGUUUGGUUUGCAUACUGGCUAGCCAAAGCAGUUGUUCCAUGCAUGGAACAGUUUGCACAUUCCUACAGAAAAUCCAUUCUAUGCAGGCAACCAUUGUAGUAACCUUAAAGUCUUAAAUGAUUCUAGAUCUUACUGUAUCUUUGAAUGAUUCUGAAUAGGCAAAAUGUAUAUUAUUGGUCUAUUCCAUAAAGUUAAAAAACAAAUUUGUGUCAGAUAUAUUAGGUGUGUGUAUAUACAGUAUAUGUAUGUAUGUACAUAAAUGAAAUGUGCUCAAUCUUCAUACAAGACAGUGUUGACCUGCAUAGGGAUACUUUAUAUUUGGAGGCCACUUUAUACACAAUUUUAAUGUGUUGAAUUUAUCUGGUAAUUACAAAUUUCCUGAUAGCUUUCUCCACAUAGAAAUGACUACUAAAAAUCUCCAGUCUGCACAGAAGGUGUUGAUUGGUUUUUGUGUUAGCCGGGCUUUGGGGUAUUCUGUCCUAUGAAAGCAGUGUUUCCUGGAAUCAUGAUAGGAAUCUGGGCCUCUCUUAAUUGGAAUCUUGGGCCCACGCAGAUAUUACUGGACAAUGCUUUAGCCAGUCCUCAUCUAUUGUGGACAGGGAUGACAGAAGUUGUAGUUCAGCUACAUUUUUCACCCCUUCCCUAAAGCAUCAUCAAGAUUCCUAGCUAGAAGUUGGAGGGGAAUAUCAGUAAUGAUGAGUGAGCAAUCAUU